CGGAAGCAAAAAAUCCCCUAGAAAUGACAGCGGAGACUGGAACGAUAAGAUGGAUGGCGCCUGAGAUGAUUGACCAUCGGCCAUACACUCAUAAAGUUGACGUCUAUAGCUUUGGAAUUGUUCUUUGGGAGCUGUGCACGGCGGAGUGGCCCUUUGAGGGGCUCUCAUUUGUACAACUCGUCCAUGCUAUAGUGCUAGAAAGGGUCUUGGAUUCUGUGGAUGCUGCUGCCUGCGGAGGAUCUCGUGCACGUCACGUGUUGACGAGCACUGCUGGGGUGGGCUGAAUGUCACGACGAGUAUGGCAUCACCUAUGAACGCAAGGUCGCAGUUGGAGAGGUAACGGCAUCCGGCUGUUAUAGCCGAGGGCAC